AUGUGGCCCAUGGGCUGUAGUUUGGGGACGCCUGAUCUAACUGGUAACCUUGGCUCAGAUCUAAUCAGCUGUUGCCCACGGAGCAAGACGCCGCCGGAGACUGGGGGCUAUGCUAGCCUUCCCGCCAAGGCCCAGGGGGGCCCGCCCAGCACCAGCCUCGCUUUCCCACCCCCCGCCCCCGGGAUCUACGUGACACACCCACACCACAAGCAGGCCGGCCCAGCGGCCCACCAGCUGCAUUUGCUGGGCUCCCGCAGCCAGGUGUUCACCAGCGACAGCCCCUCUCAGAGCCUGCUCACCCCCUCGCGGAACAGCCUCAAUGUGGACCUGUAUGAAUUGGGCAGCACCCCCGUCCAGCAGUGGCCGGCCGCCACCCUGGCCCGCCGGGACUCCCUGCAGAAGCCAGGCCUGGAGGCGCCGCCGCGCGCACACGUGGCCUUCCGGCCCGACUGCCCAGUGCCCAGCAGGACCAGCUCCUUCAACAGCCACCAGCCACGGCCGGGCGCUCCUGGCAAGGCUGAGCCCUCCCUUCCAGCCUCCAACACCGUGACGGCCGUCACAGCCGCACACAUCCUGCACCCGGUGAAGAGCGUUCGUGUGCUGAGGCCCGAGCCGCAGACGGCUGUGGGGCCCUCGCACCCCGCCUGGGUGCCCGCGCCUGCGCCCGCCCCGGCCCCGGCCGCGGCCGCGGAGGGCCUGGACGCCAAGGAGGAGCACGCCCUGACGCUGGGAGGCGCGGGCGCCUACCCCCUGGACGUGGAGUACGGAGGCCCAGACCGGAGGUGCCCGCCGCCACCCUACCCGAAGCACCUGCUGCUGCGCAGCAAGUCUGAGCAGUACGACCUGGACAGCCUGUGCGCGGGCGUGGAGCAGAGCCUCCGUGGGGGCCCCAGCGAGCCCGACGGCGGCGGCGACAAGAGCCGCAAAAGCGCCAAGAGGGACAAAGGCGGGAAGGAUAAAAAACAGAUCCAGACCUCUCCCGUUCCCGUCCGCAAAAACAGCAGAGACGAAGAGAAGAGGGCGUCACGCAUCAAGAGCUACUCGCCAUACGCCUUUAAGUUUUUCAUGGAGCAGCACGUGGAGAAUGUCAUCAAAACCUACCAGCAGAAGGUCAACCGGAGGCUGCAGCUGGAGCAAGAAAUGGCCAAAGCUGGACUCUGUGAAGCUGAGCAGGAACAGAUGCGAAAGAUCCUCUACCAGAAAGAGUCUAAUUACAACAGGCUAAAGAGGGCCAAGAUGGACAAGUCUAUGUUUGUGAAAAUCAAAACCCUGGGGAUUGGAGCCUUUGGAGAAGUGUACCUUGCUUGUAAGGUGGACACUCAUGCGCUGUACGCCAUGAAGACCCUGAGGAAGAAGGACGUCCUCAAUCGUAAUCAGGUGGCCCACGUCAAGGCCGAGAGGGACAUCCUGGCUGAGGCAGACAACGAGUGGGUAGUGAAACUCUACUACUCCUUCCAAGACAAAGACAGCCUGUACUUCGUGAUGGACUACAUCCCUGGCGGGGAUAUGAUGAGCCUGCUGAUCCGGAUGGAGGUCUUCCCUGAGCACCUGGCCCGUUUCUACAUCGCAGAGCUGACUCUGGCCAUUGAGAGUGUCCACAAGAUGGGCUUCAUCCACCGAGACAUCAAGCCUGACAACAUUUUGAUAGAUCUGGAUGGUCACAUUAAACUCACAGAUUUCGGCCUCUGCACUGGGUUCAGGUGGACUCACAAUUCCAAAUAUUACCAGAAAGGGAACCACGUCAGACAGGACAGCAUGGAGCCCAGCGACCUCUGGGACGACGUGUCUAACUGUCGGUGUGGGGACAGGCUGAAGACCCUGGAGCAGAGGGCGCGGAAGCAGCACCAGAGAUGCCUGGCACAUUCCCUGGUGGGGACCCCAAACUACAUCGCGCCCGAGGUGCUCCUCCGCAAAGGGUACACUCAGCUCUGUGACUGGUGGAGUGUUGGCGUGAUUCUCUUCGAGAUGCUGGUGGGGCAGCCGCCCUUUUUGGCACCUACUCCCACAGAAAACCAGCUGAAGGUGAUAAACUGGGAGAACACGCUCCACAUUCCAGCCCAGGUGAAGCUGAGCCCUGAGGCCAGGGACCUCAUCACCAAGCUGUGCUGCGCUGCAGACCACCGCCUGGGGCGGAAUGGGGCCGAUGACCUGAAGGCCCACCCCUUCUUCAGCACCAUUGACUUCUCCAGUGACAUCCGGAAGCAGCCGGCCCCCUACGUUCCCACCAUCAGCCACCCCAUGGACACCUCGAAUUUCGACCCCGUAGAUGAAGAGAGCCCUUGGAAUGAUGCCAGUGAAGGUAGCGCCAAGGCCUGGGACACACUCACCUCCCCCAGUAACAAGCACCCUGAGCACGCGUUUUAUGAGUUCACCUUCCGAAGGUUCUUUGAUGACAAUGGCUACCCCUUUCGAUGCCCAAAGCCUUCAGGGGCAGAAGCUUCACAGUCUGAGAACUCAAAUUUAGAAACCUCUGAUCUGGUGGAUCAGACUGAAGGCUGCCAGCCCGUGUAUGUGUAGACGGGGGCCGGGCACCCCCACCGCUCGCCGCCUCCCAGGUCCUGGAGCCGGUGCCCUAACUGGCCCACAGGGAAGCCGAGGGCCGCUGUGUUUGAAAUUAGUCCACUGAUUACUUCACUUGAAAUUCUGGUCUUCACCAAGAGAACCCAAACAAGACACUUUUGAAAACAGGACUCAGCAUUGCUUUCAAUUGGCUUGUCAGGACCCUCACUCACUGCAUUGAAACGAUAUUUUUAAAAAUUUAGUACAGUUAGAAAGAGCACUUAUUUUGUUUAUAUCCAUUUUUUCUUACUAAAUUAUAGGGAUUAACUUUGACAAAUCAUGCUGCUGUUUAUUUUCUACAUUUGUAUUUUAUCCAUAGCACUUAUUCACAUUUAGGAAAAGACAUAAAAGUGAAGAACAUUUGAUAAGAAAUCUCUGUGCAAUAAUGUAAAAAAAAAAAAAAAAAGGUAACACUCUGCUCGAUGUCACGGAGACCGUUUUAUCCACACAAUGGUUUUGUUUUGUGGUUUUUCCCACAUUUCAAAAUUGUGAUAUAAUGUUAAAAGCUGCUUUUUUUUUUUUUUUUUUUUUGGCUUUUUGCAUAUUCUAGUAUAAUAGGAAGUGUGAGCAAGGUGAUGUUGUGGCUGUGAUUGCCGACGUCUGGUGUGUGGAGAGCACUGCAUGAGCAGAGUUUUUCUAUUAUAAAAUUACCGUAUCUUGCCAUUCACAGCAGGUCCUGUGAAGACGUUUUUACUGAGUGUCUUUAAAUGAGGUGUUCUAGACAAUGUGCUGAUAACGUAUUGUGCGGGUGACCCCUUUGCUAUGAUUGUAUCUCUUUACUGUUUUGUUAAAGAAAUGCAGAUGUGUAACUGAGAAGUGAUUUUUGUGUGCGUGUCUUGGGUGUGAUUGGAUGCUUUCGGGGGGGGGGGAUGAGACAUUUGUCAUAUACUGAACUUAUAUACAUCAAAAGGGAUUAAUUCAGCUAUGCCAAAAAAAUUGAAAUGAAUCACGGACACACGUCCAUUUCUGUAGUCCGUAUGCUCGUUCCUUCUCGGUAGGGCUGGUUUGCCGUAGCCCUGCCCCUACUACUUAACCUUUUUGCUGACAGACUGCCCACACAGAAAGGUUCAGUGAAUUUUCUUGUUCUGUUUUCUUCUGUUACCAUCAGGAAACUGAGUCAUCUAAUGAUUCUCUCUCUCUCUCUUUUUUUUUUUUUUUAGUGUGCUUUGAAGUGUCAAAUCUUAACUUGGUUUAAACAAUGCAUAUUUCUAACCUUUUGUAAAAAAGCAAAGAUUCUUCAAAAUGACAUUGGAAUAAAAAAAUAAGCCAUACAUAGUUUCUUAGAAGUAUAGAUGUGUGUGUGUAUACAUACAUACACAGAUAAACACAAUAUUCCUUAUUUCAAAUUAGUACGAUUCCUAUUUAAAGUGAUUUAUAUUUGAAUAAAAAGUUCGAUUCUUUUUUGCUUUUAAAAAACCUGAUGCAUCAUAAUUUUCAUUAUAUUAUUCCACAUAUUUUUCCUUGAAGUUCUUAGCGUAAUGUAUCCAUUACUUAGUAUAUAUCUAGGCAACAGCACUUACGAGUUUAUCCGUGUCUGACCUGAAAAAACGACGAUUCCUGUGUACUGGUUUACAUUUGUCUGAGUGGCAUACUCUGAAGUCUGCUGUGCCUGUCGUGACUGUCAGUAUUCUCGCGAUUUUAUAGUCGUGCCAUGUUGUUACUCACAGCGCUCUGACAUACUUUCAUGUGGUAGAUUCUUUCUCAGGAACUCAGUUUUACUAUUAUUUAUUGAUAUAUCAUUGCCUUUGAAAAGCUUCUACUGGCACAAUUUAUUAUUAAAAUUUUGAAUCCAAA